CAGCCUCAGGGCCAGUACCAGUACCAGAACCAGCCCCAAGGAGGAUACCAGGGAGGGUAUCAGGGCCAGUACCAGGGCGGCAACCAGGGCGGCUACCAGGGAGGCUACCAGGGAGGCUACCAAGGUGGCUACCAAGGCGGUUACCAGGGCCAAUACAACCAGUACCAGGGCGGCCAACAGGGACAGUACAACCAAUAUCAAGGAUACAACGCCAGAGGCGGCUACCAGCAGUACAACAACUCGAGAGGAGGCUACAACGCCGGCAACAGCUACAACGCAGGUGCUCCUGCCCAAAACGCCGGGAUGUCGUUGGCUGACUUCGAGAAGCAGAAGGCCCAGGCCUCUGCCAGCUUGAACAAGCCUAAGAAGGUGCUCAAAUUGGCUGGAUCAUCCACCAUCAAGUUGGCCAACGCCACCAAGGCCCCAGCCAAGGAGGCUCCAAAGGAGGAGUCCAAGGAGUCCACUCCUGUGCCUGAGGAAAAGAAGAAGGAAGCCGAAGAACCAAAGGAAGAAAAGGAAGCUACUCCUGCUCCAGCCGCCACCCCAGUGUCUACACAAGCCUCUACACCAUCUGCCACCCCAGCUGCCACCCCAGCUCCUGCUGCUAAGAAGAAGGAAGCCACUCCAACCAUCACUGCUGACGCCAUUGCCAAGGAACAAGAAGACGAAGUCGACGAAGAAGUCGUCAAGGAUAUGUUUGGAGGUAAGGACCACGUCUCCAUCAUUUUCAUGGGCCACGUCGAUGCCGGUAAGUCCACCAUGGGUGGUAACAUCUUGUACUUGACUGGUUCCGUCGACAAACGUACCGUCGACAAGUACGAAAGAGAAGCUAAGGACGCUGGUAGACAAGGUUGGUACUUGUCGUGGGUCAUGGACACCAACAAGGAAGAAAGAAGUGACGGUAAGACCAUCGAGGUCGGUAAGGCCUACUUCGAAACCGACAAGAGAAGAUACACCAUCUUGGACGCCCCAGGACACAAGAUGUAUGUUUCAGAAAUGAUCGGUGGUGCUUCCCAAGCCGAUGUGGGUAUCUUGGUCAUCUCUGCCAGAAAGGGUGAGUACGAAACUGGUUUCGAAAAGGGUGGUCAAACCAGAGAACACGCAUUAUUGGCCAAGACCCAAGGUGUCAACAAGAUUGUUGUUGUGGUGAACAAGAUGGACGACCCUACCGUCAACUGGUCCGAGGACCGUUACAAGGACUGUACCACCAAGUUGGGUAUGUUCUUGAAGGGUAUUGGUUACGCUAAGGACGACAUUAUAUUCAUGCCUGUUUCUGGUUACACCGGUGCUGGGUUGAAGGACAGAGUCGACGCCAAGGACUGCCCAUGGUACACUGGCCCAGCAUUGUUGGAAUUCUUGGACAACAUGGAAACCGUCAACCGUAAGAUCAACGCUCCAUUCAUGUUGCCUGUUUCCGGUAAGAUGAAGGACAUGGGUACCGUAGUUGAAGGUAAGAUUGAAUCUGGUCACAUCAAGAAGAACGGUAACUUGUUGUUGAUGCCUAACAAGGCCACCGUCGAAGUUGUGGCUAUCUACAACGAAACUGAACAAGAAUGUGAUGCUGCAUACUGUGGUGAACAAGUCAGAUUGAAGAUCAGAGGUGUCGAAGAAGAAGACUUGGCCCCAGGUUACGUUUUGACUUCUCCAAAGAACCCAGUCAAGACCGUGGUCAGAUUUGAGGCUCAAAUCGCCAUUGUCGAAUUGAAAUCUAUUUUGUCCAAUGGUUUCUCGUGUGUUAUGCACUUGCACGCUGCCAUUGAGGAAGUCAAGUUCGUCGAAUUGAAGCACAAGUUAGAGAAGGGUACCAACAGAAGAUCCAAGAAGCCACCUGCGUUCGCCAAGAAGGGUAUGAAGAUUAUCGCUGUGUUGGAGGCUGCUGAAUCGGUCUGUGCUGAAACCUACAGCGACUACCCACAAUUAGGUAGAUUCACUUUGAGAGAUCAAGGUACUACCAUUGCUAUUGGUAAGAUCACCAAGUUAUUG